UACAUUCUUCAUCGUCGGUUUCGAUUUGAAAAGUUCCAUAAUGUUAAGACCACUCAUACUAUGCCUGCUUACCAUUGGGUGGCCUAGUGUUAUCUCAGCGGCUGUGUCAACUCCUGGUCCUUCAACUCCAAGGCCAAUUCUAGCUGCCUUCAAUGACAACGUCACCAUCCCCAUGCCAAUUUCAAGCAACUAUAGAAGAAUAGUCGAGCCAACCUAUGGAGUAAAAGAAGAGCAAUUGUACAGAGUAUGCAAUGGCAAAAAUAAGAAAACUUGUGGCUACUGGGAAAACAUUCAAACAAAAGCAAAGGUUGUGGCUGGAAAAACGACGUACAAUAAAAACAAAAAAGCGUUGAUUAUCAAACAAAUCUUGAAAACAGAUUUUGGAAUGUAUUACACUGGAAACAAAAAGUUCGAACAGAAAGUUAAUUCUCUGUUUUUGAGAGGUUGAAUUCAUUAUGAAUAAAUAUUUAAUAUAUGUUGCA